CGCCCUGAGCGCCUGGCCCUCCGCUGGGCACCUUGGCGCCGCCGGCCCGGCCUGCUGCCACUUUACGCGCAGCCACCUGGACAUUCAAAAAUUUUAUUUAAUUCUAUAACAGCCUGGGCUGCCAGGGGUCAUCGCCUCUCCGGAGCCCCGUGGCGUCCAGAUGGAGGCCACUGCAUGGAUGCCCGCUCUCCCGGGAAGGAGUAGGGGGAAAAGCGGGGUCGCAGGGGGAAGAGAAGCGCCAGGGAGAGAAAGGCCUAGCCCUCUGGUGAACAAAGCUCGAUUGGGAGGUGUCCAUCUGGAUACCGGUGACCCCCGUGCUGCCGUCGGUCUCCACGCCACGCUGGGCAGGGUCCGGGAACCAGCGCGCGGCGGCUGUCGCCUUACCCUGCAUGCCCGCACCCGGGCCCGGGCCACCGCCAGGAGUCACUGGCGCACCGCCCUGGUCAGCUCGGGAGUCGGACCCGGAGCCGCCUCCUCUGCCUACCUCCCUCUUGCCAGCUGCCCCGAAACCCAGAAGGGCCGGUGGCUCCGCGCCAAGGCGGGCCUGGUCGGGCGCCAGGGCAGGGGGUUUCUUUCGUAUUUUCUUUUGUGCAAUUGUCAUUAUUAAUGAUAUCGACUCGUUUACUCAAACACUCGAAUCGGAACUCCAGCUCUUAGCCCGGAUGCAGCAAUUGCCCGCGGGCCCCCUUAACACCGACAGCGUCCCGGGGCCCGGGGCAAGCAUGUUCGAGGCGGUCACCCCCGGGCCUCGGCGCGCUCCCCCUGGUGGAGUGCCUCGUCUUCCGGCCGGAAUCAGUUUAGACUUGAAAUUCAGUUUUUCCUGAAACUGAUCAGAAGUUAGUGACACCUUGAUUGGAUCCGUUUUUCUGUCAGGAGCUCAUUUUGUGACUUUCAAGCUUUUAUAGCAUGCUGUAAACAAUUGUCAAAGUUGUUUAUCAAGAAAGAGUUGCAAGUUCUUUCCAGUAAUAGAAAUUUUACACUGCAUUCAAUGCCUAACGUUGCAGAAACAGAAAGGUCAAAUGAUUCUGGAAAUGGUGAGCACAAAUCUGAGAGACAGUCACCUGAAGAGAAUCUACAAGGUGCUGUAAAAUCUUUCUGCACAAGUGCCUCAGGAGCACCCUUGGGUCCCAAAGGAGAUGGUCAUUAUCCAUGGAGUUGUCCAGUGACUCACACUCGGGAAAAAAUUUAUGCCAUCUGUUCGGACUAUGCCUUCCUCAACCAGGCGACCUCAGUCUAUAAAACUCCAAAUCCAUCCCGCUCUUCUUGUCUCCCUGAUAGUACCUCUUUAUCUGCUGGAAAUAAUUCAUCAAGAUACAUUGGUAUCCCGACUAGUACAUCGGAAAUCAUCUACAAUGAAGAAAAUAGCUUGGAAAACUUAUCCAACAGCCUGGGCAAGCUACCUCUUGCAUGGGAAAUUGAUAAAUCUGAAUUUGAUGGGGUGACCACAAAUUCGAAAUACAAAACAGCGCGGAGAUUUUAUGAAGUAUGCUCAUUUGGACCAUGUAUGCUCAUUGAUCCCAGGGGCAAUCCUAGAUUCAGCAAAAAGAGAAUGGGGACAAGGUCAUGGAACCCUAGAGGAAAGUGCAAUGCAAAGAAACAAGUUUCCAAGAGAAAAACUUCAGAUAAAAAGGGAAGAUAUCAGAAGGAAUGUCCUCAGCAUUCUCCUCUUGAAGAUAUUAAACAGCGGAAAGUAUUAGACCUCAGACGAUGGUACUGCAUAAGCCGACCACAGUAUAAGACUUCUUGUGGCAUCUCCUCAUUAAUUUCUUGUUGGAAUUUCUUAUAUAGCACAAUGGGAGCUGGAAAUCUUCCACCUAUUACCCAAGAAGAAGCUUUACAUAUUCUGGGCUUUCAACCUCCAUUUGAAGAUAUUAGGUUUGGUCCUUUCACGGGAAAUACAACACUUAUGAGGUGGUUUAGACAAAUUAAUGACCACUUCCAUGUAAAAGGAUGCUCUUAUGUUCUAUAUAAGCCUCAUGGGAAGAACAAAACAGCAGGAGAAACUGCUUCAGGGGCCCUGUUGAAGUUAACCCGUGGAUUGAAAGAUGAAUCGCUGGCUUAUAUCUAUCAUUGCCAAAAUCAUUAUUUUUGUCCAAUUGGCUUCGAAGCAACCCCUAUUAAAGCUAAUAAAGCAUUCAGCAGGGGACCUCUCUCACCACAGGAAGUUGAAUAUUGGAUCUUAAUUGGAGAAUCAAGUAGAAAACAUCCUGCCAUUCACUGUAAAAAAUGGGCAGAUAUUGUUACUGAUCUAAACACUCAAAAUCCAGAAUACCUGGAUAUCCGGCACUUAGAGAGGGGACUGCAGUAUAGAAAAACAAAGAAGGUUGGAGGAAAUUUGCAUUGCAUCAUAGCAUUCCAGAGACUUAACUGGCAAAGAUUUGGCCUUUGGAACUUUCCAUUUGGAACCAUUAGACAAGAAUCACAACCUCCAACGCAUGCCCAGGGAAUUUCCAAAUCUGAGAGUGAAGACAAUAUUUCCAAGAAGCAGCAUGGGCGUCUGGGCCGCUCUUUCAGUGCUAGUUUCCAUCAGGAGUCGGCAUGGAAAAAGAUGUCUAGUAUCCAUGAGAGAAGGAACAGUGGUUACCAGGGUUACAGUGAUUACGAUGGGAAUGACUGACUGUGCUUGGUACUGAACAGCUGGCAUUAUAUAUGAAACUGCUAUAUAGAGGACUGUAUAAAGACAGUAGAAGAUUUUAGUAAGCCUACAUUAAAUAGGAGCAGAUCUUGUGGUAUAAAAAGUAACCUUGUAGUUCUCCAGAUACUAAGCUUGUACAUGAUUAUGAUGGGUGAUUUCAGAUAUAUAAGCAGAUAAGCACAGAUUAUUGUCCUUUCAAGUAUAUAAAUAAUCUGGACAGAAAAUUUCACAAAAUUCAGUAAAAUUACAACUGUUGUCUAAAUAAGUCAAACACAAAUUCACUUAAUAGCAUCAAGAUUUGAAAUACUUAAGCAUGAAGUGACUUUUUUAAUGACUCGAAUCUCUAGAUAUUUGUUACAGAUAGUUUUACUCUCAAGACCAAGAUGUAAAGUACCAUCUACCCUUAAAGAAAUUGGGGCCAUCAAUUUCUAGUUUUCACUCAUGGUUGACACACGCUUAAAAUUAUUUCAUGCGUCUAGUAGUUCUUUGAUUUAUAACAGGAUCUUGCUUGCCUCAUGAGUUUCCUGGUUAUGUUCUUAGGAUUCUGACUAAGAGGCAAAAGAGAAAAGACUCAAGAAACUGAUCCUUUCUUUUGGUGCAAAUGGAUGACUUAGUGCAUUGAUUCCGAUUUUUUGACUUUCUUGAUGUGGUUUGUAAUAAUCACAUAUUGACAAGAACCUUAGGUCUUGAAAGACUUUUGUAAGUCUAGAUGCCGUUUGCCUUAGGGAUAAAGUAAAAGAACAAUUGGUACCCAGGGUUAUCUGUGACAUGAGAUCUCCUGAUAUUUGAUUGCUCUCUCAAUGUGGAGUCAUAUGUUGAUAACAGUACUGAAGAUGCGUAAGAAAUGCCCAAGUCACUCAGAGGACAACUACCCAUAUUCCAGACUCUGAGCUGUUUCCUUUUUUAAAAAUCGUAUAGACAAUUAGCUGUUUGAAGUGAGUAUUAAAUAUUUCAGAAGUGUGAAUUUCAUGUAUUUGAGCUCCUCUAGCUGCUGUCAGUUUUUCUUCUGCUGCCAAUCUGUGACUCACAAAUGACUAGGAUCUCUUGUUCUUUAAUUUUAGGGUCUUGUUCCAGGACUCAAAUCAGUAACUUGGUGAUUACAAGGUGCUGAAUAUGUUGGUAACCAUAUCGCAAUACACCUCAAGGAAAAGGUUCAGAUUUUUAUUUUUAAAAUAUUUUCAUUUUUUCUUGAAUUUUAUAUCCAUUUGUUCACUCAUACAUGCCUAGCCUACAGAAGGGGAUAUAUAUUAUGAAAUGGUCAUUUUUCUGAAGAGAAUAUUUUGCUUGAAAUGCAAAGAACUGAAAGAGAUUUGUAGGUUGUUGAUUUUGUUACUUCAUACUGGAACUUUUAAAAAGUUUUCAUCAAAUAAAGUUUUGUUUUCUACUUUUAA